UUAGAAAUUGUGUGAUUUUAUAUUCAUAAAUAUAUAUAGUAAAAUAUUAAAAAGAAUAAAUAAGUUAAAUUAAAAUGCACAAUGCUGAAGUGGAUUUACAUAAUUGUAACAGUAAUGUUACAAUUUCCAAUUGUUCAUUAUGUGAUUAUGGCUAACUUUAUCACAGCAAGAUUUGAAAAUAACAUUCCCUAAGAAAAUAGUUAUCAAGCAAUGGAAUAAAUAAUUGAGGGAACGAAGUAGCCAACAUCGUCCGAAAAUUGGCUCGCGUCUCUCUACAGCGAGAAGCGAUACGAGAUUCUCACGCACGAUCGAUCUCGCGCGUUGAUUGUUUCGCACUUCCAAGUAUAAUGGCUGCGCUCGAAUGAGACGCGGAUCCUUACCUUCCUCCCGUCGCACACCAGGCACAAGCUGGUCCCGGGCUUGUCCAAAAUUCUAGUGCUCGCAGCCGCCUCAAAUGACCGAACGGAUCCGCAUUAUCGCCGGAAGCGUCGACGUAGCAGCGAGACACCAUUCCGCCGUGGUAUUCGGUGAUGCUUCGUGCACCGUCGAGACCGCGUCAACGAAACUUGCCGCUGCCGGCCGAGGAAUAGCGGGCGUAAACACGAAGGGAGCAAGGUAGAGAAAUUCCCGGUGAAUCCUGCAAGCACGUGGUGUCUCCCACGCACGUGUUGUCGGGUCGAGAAGACGAUCGAAGACUUGAACCGACCGCCCUCGGGAGGGGAAAAGGGUCCAGUGAUGAGGGGUCGAUGAAGGACCAUUGGCAUGGCCACGCGACUCAGCCCCCGUAACUCGGAAGUGAACGCUCUUGAGCAGCGGGGCUAUCUCAUAGGCAAGAAGAUCGGACAGGGCUGUUACGCAACCGUCCAUCUGGCAGAGUAUAUCGAUGGAGCGAGCUCCAAGAAAAUGCGUCUGGCCUGUAAGAUCUUCGAUAAGGAGAAGGCGCCAGAUGACUUCUUGGACAAGUUCUUUCCCCGCGAGCUUGAGAUUUUAACAAAGAUAGAAAAUCCGCAUAUCAUUCAAGUGCACAGUAUCCUACAGCGCGGCCCGCGUGUCUUCAUCUUCAUGCGCUACGCCGACAAUGGCGAUCUCCUGGACUUCGUAAAGAACAACGGCGUGGUGCCGGAGCAACAGGCGCGGUUGUGGUUUCGUCAGAUGGCGUCCGGCUUGCACUACCUGCACAGCAAGAACAUCGCCCACCGGGACCUCAAGUGCGAGAACAUAUUGCUCUCGCGGAAGUUCAAUGUGAAACUGGCGGACUUCGGGUUUGCCAGAUUCUGCAUGGACCACGAGGGCAGGCGGGUCCUGAGCCAGACGUACUGCGGCUCGGCGGCUUACGCCGCGCCGGAGGUCGUCGCCGGCACCCCGUACAAUCCGAAAUUGGCGGACGUUUGGUCGCUCGGCAUUAUCCUCUUCAUCAUGCUGAACGGGACGAUGCCGUUCGACGACGAGAAUAUGCCGAAGCUCCUCAAGGAUCAGAUGUCGCGCAACUGGGUGUUCAGGUCACGCGUCCGCGACAUCGUAUCCCCGUUGGCGAAGAACAUCGUCCGGCGGAUCCUCGAGCCGGACAUCACUCUCAGACUUACGCUCGAGAGGGUGCUGGGCCACGAGUGGGUGAGAACGAGGAAGGACAGAAUGGGCUCCCUCGCCGGAAGACUCGUCCACUCAGCGCCGCCGAGUCAUACUCCGAUGAGUGGAGGCGGUAACUUGGGCGGGUCCAGAAACGUACCUAUUGUAGCGAGGGCGCUACCCGCAUUAAAAAAUUCGGAAAAUCAGAAUCAACCGUCCUCGAAGAUGACAAACACCGCGGGGAAAGAUCCGCAGCUGUCUAUCACCGUGGGAUAAGAAGAUUCGCGAAAAGAAACACGAUCGACAAGCUAUACAAUAUUGGAAAUACAAGAGAUUGCAGACUAAAAAUUUCAAAAAAUCAUUUUCGAAGACGUUUACAUUUGUUCUUAUUAAUAUAUUUUUUAAUUUCCUAUUGGAUUGCGAACUUACACGGAUGUUGAUAACGUAUUGUUCAAUAAAAACGUCCAUAACAAAUUCGAAUUGUAAACCACCUGUCCAAUACGAGGAAAAUUUAAUCGAUUAA